UGCUUUGAAAGUGGUGCGGAGCAAAACAGCACAGCCUCCCUCUCUCGACGUGAACCCACCAACAUGCUGUUCCCCGAAAGCAAGUAAAAAACUCUUGAAGUGGACGGAGUCUGGAGGUGAAGAAGUUACUUUUCUGUUUUCCCCUCAUGAUUCCAGGUUGCUGCAGGUCCUGAGGGAGCCUUGCUGGUUUUCACUCUUGCAUGCUUAUCUCAGAGGACAUUCAGAGUGCCCAGAGUCGCCUUGCUCUCAGGAAGCAGUCAUGUAUUAUCUGUUGGUCCUAGGACUCAUGCUAUGUAGUUUACAGAUCGAGGCUGUGUCCAGUCGCUGCGAUGAGCCCCGCGUUGUCCAGCACUCCACUCUGUGUACAUCCUGCGCUGCAGCACCUGCUAUUGUCUGCCCACGAGGUUUCAGGAAGACCACCAUGAAUGUUAAAUGCCGGUAUUCAGUGGAAAUUGGGGACCGCCUGCUGGAGCUGCCUGGCUGCUCUCGCUCCUGUGAAAAGGUCACCACGAUAAAGAGAUGCUGUCCUGGCUUCUGGGGGCCCUUGUGUUUACCCUGUCCCAGCUGGAUGGGGAGGCCUUGUAAUUGGCAUGGUACCUGCUCAGAUGGAGACUCAGGGAAUGGCACCUGUGCUUGUGAGGAGGGCUACACUGGUUUUGCCUGCCAGAAGUGCACCAAUGAAAAGGCCUUUGGGGAACACUGCAGCUCAGUGUGCAAUUGUGAGCAUGGAGUGUGUAAUUCAGGUCCAGAUGGAGAUGGACAGUGUUACUGUGAACCACCGUAUUCAGGACCGAAGUGUGACAAAGUUUCCUUUCCCUGCAGUGCCUGCCCUGCCAACUCGUACUGUAAAGGAGGGAGUGUUGUGUGUGAAUGUCUUCCUAACUUUAAGAAAGUUGGACAGAUCUGUACAGGUAUUUGUUCCCCAAAUGUCUGUGACGAGAAUGCUGUGUGCUCAUACAAGGCAGGACAGUUUCAGUGCGCGUGUAAAGCCGGGUACGAGGGAGACGGCAAAAUCUGCACCCCUGUUAAUCCCUGCUCUCAGAAUAACGGAGGAUGCCCCUCUAACUCUACUGUUUGUGAAUAUAAAGGCCCAGGCAAGGCAAAAUGCGUGUGCAUGAGCGGAAUGGAAGGAUCUAACCCGGCUGCUGGCUGCACGCUGAAGUCUGCUUGCACGGAGAACACAUGCCACAGGAAUGCACAAUGUGAAACCGGCCAAGACGGAAUAGCCAGGUGCCUUUGCAGCCGUCAGCAGAUAAGGGAUGGGAAGCGUUGCUAUGGCAACAUCAUGGAGCGCGUUUUGGAGCUGGACAGAGAGGGCAGCCAGGCAGGAAAGCUCACUGGAACCAUCACGCUGUUCGAGAAAGGAUGUGAGCUUGUUUUGAGCAAGCAUGGACCAUUUACUGCCUUCGUUCCGGUGGAUACAUCACAAAUAUCUGUGGACAAGCUUAACCACGAGGCAGCUGCUGGGGCCAUAUGUAAACACCACCUUAUCCUCGGACAGCACCUUUACAAAGACUUGGAAGGGCAGGACUUGUGGACGUAUGGAGGAGAAGUGCUCAGAUUUAAAGCGAACAAGCAAUUCAUUUCAAAGAGAGAUCCAGACACACUGUUUACUAUAAUCGAGACUGACAUUCCUGCAGCCAAUGGAAUUAUACAUAUCAUUGACAAGGCAUUUGCCAAUGUAGACAUGUCAAGCAAUGCAGAGUUUUCUUCAAAGACCAUUGGAGAGAUUAUUGCCAAAGAUGAGCGUUUCAAUCGAUUUCUGUCGCUGGUAGAUAACUGCGGAGCUCCGAUGCCACUCAAGGGUCCAGGACCACUCACACUGUUCAUCCCAACCAAUAAAGCAGUGGACAGAUUCAGAGACGGCAGUCUCAUAUACAUGUUGAAUGAUGCCAAGCACAAACUCCAGGAGCUUCUGAAGCACCACAUGUUCUCCCAGGCCGCUGUUACAGUGGACCAGCUGGCCAGCAUGAGUGAGAUUCAGACCAUGGCACAUCAGGCCAUACUAAUCAAUGUCACUGGUGAUGGACGAGUGCUUCUUGGUGAAAAAGGAAUACCCCUGGAAUCAAAGGAUAUAGUUGCGUCAAACGGCAUCAUUCACUUGAUUGAUGGAGUUCUUGUGCCUCCUUCCAUCCUUCCAAUCAUGCCACAUCGUUGUGACGUUAACGAGAGCACCAUCAUCAUGAGUCCUUGUGUGUCGUGCCCCCACAUUUCUGAGACACAGUGUCCACCAGGAAGUGUAGAAAUGCCUCAGCUUGUUAAAGACUGCCUGCUUUCUCGUGAUCAGCGGAGUGAUUUUCUCACAGUAGCUGGCUGCGCCAAAUACUGCAACAUAACACGAAUGAGGUCGGAGUGCUGUAGGGGUUUCUAUGGGCCAGACUGUAAACCGUGUAUUGGGGGUUUCCAACACCCGUGCUAUGAUAAAGGCACCUGUUCUGAUGGCAUUAACGGGGACGGCACAUGCAAGUGUAAUCCGGGCUUCAAGGGCAUUGGCUGCCACAUUUGUACAGACCCUAAAAAACAUGGAGAAAACUGUGAUGAAGAUUGCCGUUGUGUCCAUGGGGUGUGUGACAACAGGCCUGGCAGUCUGGGGGUCUGCCGCAGGGACUUCUGUCUGCCGGGGUACUCUGGGGAGCUCUGUGAUCAAGUGGCCACACCCUGCGACUCAGACGGAGCUUUCAAACACUGCCACAUCCAUGCCCACUGCAUCUAUAUCGAUGGCCAAACCAUGUGUGUGUGUAAUCCCGGAUAUGAUGGGGAUGGAUACACCUGUGCUGAAGCUAACCUCUGCCUCAAACCAGACAGGGGAGGCUGCCACGUAAACGCCCAGUGUGUGUAUGCCGGCCCCGGAAACGUGUCCUGUGUGUGCAAUGAGGGAUGGACGGGCGAUGGCAUCUUGUGUGUGGAGGUCAAUAACUGCUUGCUGGAGAGUCGUGGUGGCUGUCAUGAGCAUGCUGACUGCAUACCCACUGAGCCAGGUCAGAAUGAAUGUGCCUGCAAGAAGGGUUACAUGGGAGAUGGCUUCAUAUGUCAGAUUGUUAACCCCUGCUUGACAGAUAAUGGAGGCUGCCAUGCGCUGGCGGCAUGUUCAUUUAAAGGUAACGGAACAAAAAGCUGUAUUUGCCCUGAAGGUUAUAAGGGAGACGGCAUGACGUGCUACAGCAACAUACUUGUGGCCCUGGAUGAAAACGGGCUCUUCAGCGAUUUUAACCGCUAUCUACAGAGACACCCAGUGAUCAGCACUGACAGCAAUGUGACCGCUUUAGUUCCCUUAAAGGAGGCUUUUAAAAACCUGAGUGCUGCUGACGAAGUGUUUUAUUUAGACUACUAUCGGCUUCCUCACUUCCUCCAAGCUCACUUUUUAGAUGGUAUUUACACUUUUGAAGACCUGAAGAAGCAAGUCAACAAAAUGGUCCCAACUAUAUGCAAGACAAAGUGGGAGGUCACUGAAAAAGACGGGGAGCUUAAAGUUGGAAAUGCUGUCAUUAUUACACCAGAUAUCAAGGCAAUCAAUGGCUUCAUUCACACCAUCAGCACAGUUCUGAAACCCCCUGUUUCGGACUUCCCCCCGAUACCCCCUGAACUGAUGGAGGCCCUGGAUGACAACCCAUCAUUCAGCCUGUUCAGAGAAGCCACUCUGCUGUAUAAUUUGUCCAAAAUCAUCCCUUCAAGAGGUUACACCGUCUUUGUUCCACACAACAACGCUGUUCAGACAUACCUGGAGCAAGCAAAUUUAACACAUCUGGAUGCUGAUGUGGUGAAAUAUCAUAUCAUUCCAAAAGAACAGCUUUUUCCUGAACACUUGACUGAUGGGACCUUGAAAAGUACACUUCUCGGGGGUGCCUAUCAAAUCAUGAUUCAUUUAAACAGUAAAAAUGAGACACUAGUUAACGAUGUGCCCUUGGACGGAAACUUCACAGAGACCAGGCAUGGUACUAUCAUCAGCAUCCCCCGCGUUUUACAGAUACACAAAAACCACUGCAGCCAAGACGUGAUUCUGAAAGUCUUAGGAAGGUGUGGCCCUUGCGAUUCGACUCCCAAAUGCACCUUCAAUGGCAAGCCUAUAAAGACGAGUUUCCCUUCAAAUAUGAAAUCCAACUGUAAAUAUAGGACACGAGUAGGAAAAAAGAGAAAGUCUGUGCCAGGAUGCAUGAUGGACUGCCUGAGGACUACAAAGGACCACUCCUGUUGCCCAGGUUACUUUGGCCAUGACUGCUUUAAAUGCCCUGGGGCAGUGGACAACUGGUGCUCUAACAAUGGCAAAUGCCAGGAUGGCCUUUUCGGCAACGGAGAGUGUCUCUGUAAUGAGGGAUUUCAUGGCACAGCAUGUGAAAUGUGUGACGCUGGAAGAUACGGCAAAGACUGCAAAUCAGAAUGUCACUGUGAACAUGGAAAAUGUUUGGAUGGGCUGGACGGUAACGGCCAAUGCAUCUGCUAUAAGGGCUGGAAAGGAGUGAAUUGCUCACUGGCUGUCGUUAAUGAUGAAUGCGGAGGCAUUUGUGACACAAAUGCCAAUUGUAUUUCAGGAGGUUCAGGUGGAAAACCAGUUUGUGUGUGCAUAGCAGGUUACCAAGGAAACGGAACCCUCUGCAAAGAAAAAGAACUGUGUGGCACUAAUAAUGGUGGCUGUUCAGAGCAUGCAACCUGCAUGAAAAUCGCACCUGGGGAACGGGACUGCCUAUGUAACGACGGCUACACGGGAGAUGGAAUCGUGUGUGUAGAGCUAAAUCCCUGCCUAGUCAACAACGGAGGAUGCUCUGAAAAUGCAGACUGUGUCAAAACAGGACCAAAUACAGCUGCAUGUGUUUGUAAACCUGGCUUUGCUGCACAAGGACGUAUAUGUUCUGCAAUAAAUCCAUGCUUAAAGGACAAUGGAGGAUGCAACAUCAAUGCUAUAUGUCGAUACAACGGCCCAGGGGAAAGGAACUGCACAUGUCGCUAUGGCUACAAAGGAAACGGCAAUGAAUGUGCAGGGACUGUGAGUAGAGAGCUUCUUCACAAACCAGAGGGUUCUUGGUUGCGAAGGAAUCUUGGAAUUUCACUGGUCAGGGAUUUGUUCGGUAAAGGGCCAUUCACUGUAUUUGUUCCUCAUACAGACUACGUUGUGAACGACACGCAGAUUGAGAAAUGGGUGAAUAAAAGUUGCGUGGCAGACCUACUGAGGUACCACAUUGUCGGAUGUGAGGAGCUAUCUGAAUCGGAGCUCAAGUCUGUCUCCCGUGUGGUUGCUGCCUCUGGGCAUGUGUUGCGCUUCAGCGUACGAGAUGGUGUUGUGUACAUCAACAACAAAACAAAAAUCAUCACUAGUGACCAGGAAUGUUCUAAUGGAAUCAUACAUUUCAUAGAUGGCAUCCUCUUCCCAUAUGAACUGAAGGACAAGACAUUUGUUCAACCAGAUCUGAAUGUUACUACAGCAGCAGAAGCGUACGGGUACACCAUGUUCAGCAAGUUGUUAAAGCAAGCCAACUUGAUUAAUAUGGUCAUGCAUACGACGUUUUAUCCUUUCACGAUGUUCUGGCCCACUGAUAAUGCAUUCAACAGUCUCCCGGAUAAACAAAAGAAGUGGCUGUACAGUGAAGACCAUCGUGACAAGCUGCAGGCCUUCAUAAAAGUUCACAUAGUUAAGGACCAGCGAACAGUUGCUUGUGCGCUGCCACAUGAGAGAUACAUCCGAACAAUGUACGGAUCAAAACUGACUUUCAGCUGUGACCAAAGUUUAAUUGGUGAUAUUUUAAUCAAUGGAAAUAAUGCUAAAAUCAUUGAACGACACCUGGCCUUCAGUUCGGGGAUAGCCUAUGGGAUCGACAAGGUCCUUGAGCCACCUAAUAUAGGGGCACACUGUGAUGACUUUGGAAAGACAGAGAUUAAAGGUCGUUGUGGAAACUGUAUCUUUCCUCCCAGUUGUCCUUAUGGAAGCGAGGACACAAACACAACCAGCUUCUGCAGACCACCCUGGCGCUAUAGGUAUAGACAUCACAGUGUUUUUGAUGAUCUGCAACACAGCCCUUAUGACUUCCGACCUUACCAUAUGGGCUGUAACCGAGUGUGCCAGAGAAUUAUUUGGGAUUCGCAGUGUUGUAAGAACCACUAUGGAAGAGACUGUCAAGUUUGUCCAGGGGGCUUGGAGGCACCGUGUGGAGAACAUGGUGAUUGUGAUGAUGGGCGAUCUGGGAGAGGCACUUGUAAUUGUCAUCCUGGCUUUAAUGGAACAGCGUGCGAGCUUUGCCACAAAAACCACUAUGGCCCUAACUGCACAGCCUGCAACUGUACUAUUUACGGCAAAUGUGAUGACGGCCUAGAUGGAGAUGGCAGCUGCUUCUGUCAAGAGGGCUGGACAGGAAAGCGAUGCGAGUCUAAAAUUGAAGUCAAGCCUAUUUGUUCCCCUGAGUGCGACUCUAAUGCAGUGUGCCUGCUUGCGAACCAGUGUGAGUGUGUACCUCCAUAUGAAGGAAACGGACUCAAUUGCACAGCUCCUGAUCUGUGCAGUGAAUAUAAUGGAGGCUGUCACGACCAGGCUGACUGCGCACAGACGGGUACCAUUGUCACCUGUUCGUGUAAAUCAGGGUACACUGGGGAUGGAAGUGCCUGCUCCCCUAUCAACCGCUGCGUAGAGGAAGUUAAUGGCGGUUGUAGCGAUUUUGCAAAUUGCAUUGUUACUGGACCUAAUGAGAGGCGGUGUGAAUGCCUCCCAGGGUAUGUGGGAAAUGGUGUCCAGUGCCUUGAGAAGGUGGUGCCACCUGUUGACCGCUGCCUGGAGGACAAUGGAGGCUGUGACGCCAAAGCCACCUGCAAAGACUUACAUUUCCACACCAAAACCGAUGGCGUUUUCCAUCUGAGAUCACCUGCAGGGAAGUAUAUGAUGAACUACACCACAGCGGAGGCGGCCUGCAAAGCUGAAGGUGCCACCCUCGCUACUUCCAUCCAGCUUUCUCAUGCACAACAGUUGGGUAUGCAUUUGUGUGUGGCCGGAUGGAUGGAUGGGAAGAAAGUGGGCUAUCCGAUACGCUUUCCUUCGGUUAAGUGUGGUGACAACCAGGUUGGAGUAAUACUGUACAAAGAUCCUGUUGAUUUAAGCAGCCUUUAUGAUGCGUACUGCUACAGAAUGAGAGAGGUAACAUGUGAAUGUGGACCUGGAUACGUGGGCAAUGGAGAAUUCUGUAACGGCAAUCUGGCAUCUGUUGUUGCUACUAAUUCAAAUUUCUCAGUAUUUUAUUCUACCUUGGUGAAGUACGCAGAAGCUGUUGUGGAGGGAAAAAAUCUCUUGAACUUCCUCUCAACCAGAUCCUCAAACGCAACACUCUUUGUGCCACAUAAUGCGGGAUUCUCUGGAAACGAGACUCUGUCAUGGAGGGACAUGGAGUACCACAUAUCCAGCAACAACAGCCUACAUUUCUAUGAGGAUCUGCAGCAUAACACAGCAAUCCCAUCUCGACUGGGCUAUAACCUUGUAGUAGUGAUAACCUCAGACAAAACUCAGGCUGAUAACAUCCCACCAAUAAAACUGGUGAAUAAACAAAUAAUAUUAGACUGGAAUAUUCCAGCCACUAAUGGAUUAAUCCAUGUCAUCCAGGGGCCUUUAAGAGCACCUCCUGUUGCUGUGACACCGCCAGCCCCAACUGCUGCCCACUCGAAGUCCAGUGCACCAGCUGUGACUACAGUAUUGAUCAUCAUAUUUAUUGGGGGUGUUAUUGCUGGUGUGGCAUAUUAUUUCCUGAAGUAUAGGAAUGAUGCCUUUCGCUUCCAGUAUUUCAAAAAUGAUGAUGAAGAUUCCACAAAGGCUGGCAGGAAUCCUGCUAUAGUAUCCAUACCGAACCCUUUAUACAGUGGCUACAAGGCAUUCGCAGAGCCUUUCGGGGAACCACAACAAGCAGAAUCACCUGCCAUGGAUGCUGCAGUCCUACCAAACCUCCUCGAGUAGCAUACAAAUGAAACACAUAGGGCCAUUUUUAUGCAGAAUUCCAAGUUUUCCAGCCAUGUUUUCUACCUGUGGUAUUUCUUUUAAUCUUCUCUUCAUUUUCAGCAUUGUUUACCAAUUAAAGGGAGUUUUAAUUGAUAAACAUUGUGCUUUUCCUCUCCAAUCACAUUCCUAGAUGUACAAAUAUUUUCUGACAUGCUGCCUGCUGUCUGUGAUACACUUGCCGAGCUUACUCCUGGAACUCUUUCAUGGAAAGACAAUGCUGAAUUGUUAUCAAUGGGAAUAAAAUAGAUUGAUUUCAUA